CUCCUUCAGCCCAACAAAUCCCAGAGAAAGGACUACAACAUUUUGCUUUUGUGCCCACGGGGAGAUGAUGGCUCGGGCCCACAGUGUUAGAGGGCCACUUUUGGGUCUGCUUCUGCAGCUUGUCCUUAUCUGCUCCGCUCAAAGGAGCCAAGGACCGGCUGGCCCUCCUGGACCUGCCGGUGUCCCAGGAAUUGAUGGCAUUGCUGGGGAAAGGGGAGAUGAUGGCGAGGAGGGACCUCCUGGACCUGAUGGAGAUGCAGGUAAACCCGGCUCUUCGGGAUUACCUGGAAUUCCUGGAAAUGACGGUUUGACCGGCCCUUUUGGAGAUCCUGGGCCCGAUGGUCCCCCCGGACAGAAAGGUGAACCUGGAAAGGUUGGACCUCGUGGAGCCACUGGUGUCGGGCCUGAUGGACCCCCCGGACCACCUGGGCCUGCAGGACUUCUGGGUGAUUUGGGAAAAGCUGGACCACUUGGGUCCAUAGGUGUGAGAGGGCCACAGGGCCCCCGUGGACCAGCGGGGCCCAGAGGUGCGUCUGGAAUGCAAGUCAGUGCUGACCUGUGUCCAAACUCUUGUCCACCUGGGACCUCGGGUCAUCCUGGACUUCCUGGCAUGAAGGGUCACAAAGGUGUAAAAGGUGAAGCAGGUGAACCUGGGAAACAAGGGCACAAGGGUGAGGAUGGAGACCAAGGAGGUCAAGGGGAAGUCGGAUCUCAAGGACCAAGGGGCCCUCAAGGAAUUCGCGGAGCCAUGGGAAUGAUUGGCCACAAGGGAGAAAUGGGAGCUCGAGGUCUUGAUGGAGAUCCAGGUCCCCAGGGUGUUGCAGGGGCAACUGGGGAUCAUGGUCAACGAGGCGGGAUGGGUGAGCCUGGACCUAAAGGUGAAACGGGUAUUCAAGGGCAGAGAGGAAUCUCAGGUGUUCCAGGGCCAAAGGGAGGCGCUGGCUUGCCGGGUGUGGACGGCCGCGAGGGUAUUCCUGGGAUGCCCGGAGGAAAGGGAGGCAUUGGGAAGUCAGGCGUCCCCGGAGAGGUCGGACUUCAGGGGCUUCCUGGUUUGCCUGGUGUACCUGGACCAAAUGGCUUAAGUGGUCCUAAGGGAGACGUAGGUCAAGCAGGCUUCCCCGGGACAUUGGGUCCCGCUGGCAAGGAAGGCGAGCGCGGAGAGCAAGGCGAGCUCGGGCCUGUCGGACCGAUAGGUGAACCUGGAGCUUUGGGAGCACAAGGCCCUAUAGGUUCAGCCGGCAAGCCAGGUGCUAGGGGACCCAAAGGUGACCCCGGGCUUCCCGGUCUCCCUGGUCCUUCUGGCCUGCCCGGGGUGAAAGGAGAGAGGGGAGAACGUGGAGAUGGAGGACCCAAAGGAGAACAGGGAAGCCAAGGGGAUGAGGGGAACCCCGGAGAGAAAGGGGAUCAUGGCGAGGCAGGAGAAUCUGGAUCUAAAGGAGAGGUCGGUAACCCCGGCGAAGUUGGCAAAAGAGGUCCUGAGGGCAGUCGAGGUCAGCCGGGAAUCGAGGGGCCGCCUGGCUCACCUGGGCCGAGGGGCAUGCAGGGGAACAGGGGUCAACCCGGAGUCAGAGGGUCCCAGGGCCCUGCGGGGAAAGAGCCAAGCGAUCAGCACAUCAAACAAGUCUGCAUGCGAGUCAUGCAAGAACAGCUGGCCCAGUUAGCCGCUAGUUUAAGGAGGCCAGAGUCUGGCGUAGCCGGUUUACCUGGAAAGCCUGGACCUCCAGGGCAACCUGGUCCUCCCGGAGACAAUGGCUUCCCUGGGCUGAGUGGAUCCAGAGGCCUUCCAGGACUCAAAGGGCCAACAGGACACAUUGGAAUGAAAGGGCCCAAAGGUGAAAUGGGAGACAGAGGCUCCAGGGGGCCCACUGUGCGGGGACCUAAAGGUCAGCAAGGACCUCCCGGACUUCCUGGUGAGCCGGGCAAACCUGGCUACGGUCAAGACGGUCGGGACGGACAGAGGGGACCUCCCGGCGUCCCUGGACAGCACGGCGUACCCGGGCCUCCCGGCGGGGCCGGUCCCAAUGGCUACUGCGACCCUUCGGCUUGCAACCUGCAGGCGGGGGCCGCCCACCAGUCUCUGGAUGUGAAGGGACCUGCAGGGAACUAAGAGCCACUGUGGCCUGGAUACAAAGACUGUUGGAUUAGCUCCUCUGAGCACACAACAUUUUUCACAGUUUUGGUCCCAGGGCACGGGGUUGGUGUGGUGAAUUCCCUCCAUUAACCUCUAGUCUUUGGGAAUAUGUUUUGUGCCAAACGCAUCACCGACAGCAAAAGAAAAAACAUUAUUUUUGAUGUGUUGCAACGAUCUAGCUUGUUCUUGUGUUUUUCUUUCCACCCGAGGGAUCUUUUGAUAUUUUCAGGAAGGUGUGCUCACAUUUCUGAGAGAAAAUGACAUGUCCAGAGAUGUUUGUUUAUCCCACUCUCCUUGUACCCUCUGCCUGCCUUUUCGUUUUCAUGCUCAAGACUUACAGGUUCCAUCAAUAAAAGCUCCUCCACCUUCUCUCAGAGCAUUUCCCAUAACCACCCAGAGCAAAUCAGGAAUUAGGAAUUAGUUUGGUUAAAGUGCCAUUUUCUAAUUAUGUGUUCUGCAAUGUGCUAAUAUACCAAAGAUAAACCUGCUGAAAGCCCAUCUUAAGAUAUGAGGUUUAAGCAUUGCUUAAGAUAUGAGGUUUAAGCAUUGCUUAGUACAGAAGAUGAAAUGACAUCAGUGUUUUGAAAAUGUUGUAAAUCUGUAAAAAAAAAUGUUUGAAAUUGUGGUCAAUUAUAUUUCCCACGAAAC